GUGCCAAGUUUUAUGUGUUUUUAUUAUUUUGUUAGCGUUUUUCAUUUUUUGUUUAAUAAUAAAAACAAACAUGUUGCUGACAAUGCGUCGUCAAAAUGAAGUGUUAGGCAGCCAGCAGCAGACAACAACAACAGCAACAGCAGCAACUACAACAACAACAGCCACGCCCUCACCGCCUACAGCAGCAGCAGCAACUACUACACAGGACUCGCUAAAUACGCCCACAACGCCGCUUGCGCGCAAUCCUUUGCAAUUUGUUACACCAGCAACAAGUGUUGCUGGCGUGCCUGCUUUUAGCUAUUACAACAACAACAGCAGCAGCAGCAACACAGCUGCAGCCACAAACUAUUUGCCGCCACACAAUCGCGAGCCAGCAAGCAACGGCGCUGAGCUUGACGAAUACGUUGACAUUUUACAAGUGCAACAAUUGCUAUUGGACAGCUCAGCAGCCAAAAACGAGCAACAGCAACAGUUGCAAGCGCCAGCGCUAAGCAAACCGCGUCCGCGUAUCAAUCUGCAAAAGGCAACGGACUAUGCAGCUCAAUUAACGCAGGCUGACACAGCCUCCAGCGCUUCACGACGCGUGCUGCUUGAUUAUCCAAAUCCUUAUAUAUACGGCAAUCAUUAUCAUCAUACGCCGCCAAGUGAGGACCUUGUGGCCCUUUGGUUUGGCAGCAAUGGUACAGGCGGCGUAGCCCCUGGAACCCCAUCAGCGGCCAUGAUCAUGGAAGGGCUUGAAACCCUGGUGGCGCCAACGCAUCACGCAUUCCUCCUAACCGAAACCGCUGCGGCGGCUCACUUCAAUGUGCUAAGCUUCGAUACGUGUCUCUUCAAGACCAGCACGGCCGCUCAGAGCAACAGUCCAGCCGCUGCCAGCUAUUUGAGCAGCGCGCAAUUCGGCAGCAGCAGCAGCAGCGGCGGCGGCAGCAGCAGCAACGCGCAACAAACUUUGCUGCAUUAUACGUCGCAGAGUCAACAGCAACAUUUAAAUAGCAACAACAACAACAACUCCGCGCUGCGUGGACGUCAGCAGACAGCCACGCCCACACAGGGCGGCAGUCCAAGCAACGUGGCAGCGCAGCCAGCAUCAGCAAGCAGCGGACGCAGCUCGGCCACACAUUUGAGUUUGCUCAACACCAGCCAACAAAGUCCCGUUAGUGCCGAGCACGGCGGCGUCGAAGCAGUGGAGGCCAAACAAUUGAUAGAAGCGCUGCCCGGCGAUCUCAAUACGCCCGUAACCACAUCCAACGAUAUACCCUCGUUCUUUGGGCCAUCCACAGUGGUUGAACCGCCGCCAAUUACAGGCUCAAUUGAGUGCGAGGAUUUGUCGCUGGAGCCGCAAGUUGUCUCUGUGGGCAGCCCAGUGCUUUCGUCCUGCAAUUCGCUGAAGGAGGAGCGCAGCACACCGCCCAGUCUGUCCAUUGUCAAGGAAGAAUCAAGUAAUAAUAGUUGUAAUAUGUACCCACUACACAACAACAACAAUCAGCAACACACAACAGAAACAACAACAACAAGCACAACAACAGCUACAACAAUCGCCACUGCAACAAGCAAACAUACAAAUGACACUGAACGCAUUGGCUCGCCUGUAGUAGCAGCAGCAGCAGCAGCAGGACACACACAGCAGCAGCAACAAUUACACCACAACUGUCAACACAACAACAAUCACCAACAACAACAGCAAACACAACAACAACAACAACAACAGCAGCAGCAGCAUUUGAGCUCGCCGCAACACCAACAGCAAUACCAACUACAACAACACCAAAUAUUACACCAACAACAACAACAACAGCAGCAGCAACAGCUGCCACAUCAUCAUCAUCAUCAUCACCAUCAUCAUCAUCACAGUCAACACCAACAACAGCAACAACAACAACAACAACAGCAACAACAACAGCAGCAGCAGCAACAAUUGCAGCAGCAGCAGCAACACACACACUAUCACCAACAUGCCUUACAACAACAACAGCAACAACAACAGUCUGGCAAAAUCUCAUAUCGCGGCAUUUUUACUACUACAGGCAACGCCAGCAGCAACGCAAUGAAUGCAGCGCAGCAGCUACAACAGCAGCAGCAGCAGCAACAACAACAGCAGCAGCAGCAAUUGGCUUCACCACAGCUGAGUGUGCUGCCAGGACAAAUGUCGCCGCCAUCGAAUAGUCUAGGCAACAGCUGGGGCUUGCCCAGUCCGGACAAGUCGCUUUUCCAGCCGCCCAUGUUUAAUCUGCCGGCGCAUUAUGUGCAGCAGCAGCAGCAACAAGCAGCAGCAACGCCUGCAGCCUAUGACGAUGGACGCGCUGCUGUAGCUGCAGCAGCACAACAUGCAGAGCUGCUGGGUCUAAGCAUGGACUGCACGCCGCUGCUGCUAAAGCAGCCAACAAGCUACGCAGGCGGCGUAGCAACUGCAAGUUUUGCAAGUCUAGCGGAUUUGCAAAGCAGCCACGAGCAGCUGCAGCAGCAGCAGCAACAAUACGCAGUGCGUCCACAGCUGUCCACACCCAAGUAUCAGUGGCUGGAUACGCCCGCCGAAUAUGCUGCAGCUGUAGUGCACCAGCAGCAGCAGCAGCAGCAACAACAGCAGCAGCAACAGUUGGUAAUGCCUGGACCCACCAGCUCAGCCAGCUCCAGCAAUGCUGCGCUGGGCGUGCUUAUACCCAAGCAGGAAAGCUACACCGAACUGCAGCCCAACUCCAAUGGCACUGGCUACUCCAGCGCUGCGUCCGCCGCUGCUGCAGCCGCAGCUGCUGCUGUGCAGUUAGCCGAAUACAGUCCCAGCACCAGCAAGGGACAUGAAAUACUCUCACAGGUCUAUCAGCAAAGCACUGUGCCGCUCAAACUCGUGCCCGUUAAGCCGCGCAAGUAUCCCAAUCGUCCCAGCAAGACGCCCGUGCAUGAGCGUCCCUAUGCCUGCCCCGUUGAGAACUGCGAUCGUCGCUUUUCGCGCAGCGACGAGCUCACCCGCCACAUACGCAUACACACUGGCCAGAAGCCAUUCCAAUGUCGCAUCUGCAUGCGCAGCUUCAGUCGCAGCGAUCAUCUGACCACACACAUACGCACGCACACAGGCGAAAAACCCUUCAGCUGCGACAUUUGCGGACGCAAAUUUGCGCGCUCCGAUGAGAAGAAGCGACAUGCCAAGGUGCAUCUCAAGCAGCGCAUUAAGAAGGAGUCCAAGCUUAGCCGCGAGCAGCAUCAGCAGCAGCAGCAACAGCAACAGCAAGCAGCAGCCGCUGCCGCUCAACAACAACAGCAACUGCAGCAGCAUCAACAGCAGCAACAGCAACACCAGCAACAGUAUCAGCAGCAUCAUCAUUUGCUGCAUGCCGCCGAUUUGGCCAUUGUCACCAGCAGCGCCACCAGCAUGUAGGGCCCAGAGAACUCAACAUCUUCAUUUGAUUCCAGCUACAGAGCCAACGACAACUUUUACAACAUAGAUCUGGGUCUGGCCAUUGACAUUGAUCAGAGUCCGCUGCCCUUUGAGCUCACCAUGAGCUCCGACUAUGGCACACUCUCGCCCUUGAACAGUCCGCCGCAUCUGAACUAUGUGCUCAGCAGCGAUGACUCCAAUCUCACUUUCUAAACUGCAAGCAGGAAUCAAACGCUGAUGCUGAAUAAUUUACAUUAAUUAAAUAAAUUAGUUACAUAUUAUCGAAUGUUGUAGCCGUAAUUUUGGGUUGUGCUAGCAGCAAAAACAAAAAACGCAAGACAUUAAAGUUAAAAAAUAUAUUAAAAAGCACACACAGAAGCAAAAGUUACUAACACACACAACAAAGUCUAACAACAAAAAAUAUAAAAGGUAUAAAAAAAAUAUUUAACUUAUGUCUCUAAUA